AUGGGUUUCAAAGAAGAGGUGAGGGCAGGGUUUAUUGCUGGUGCAGCGUUAAUACUACUUGAAGGCAUAGCGAAGUUUGCUGUAUCAGAAAUUAGCAAAUUCUGGAACGUUGAUGCUGAGUUACGAAGGUUAGAAAGAUGCGUGUCAAAAGUAAUGGCUAUGAUUGAGUGGGUGGAGGAUGGCCAUUGUAAUUGUUUCUCCAGCGAAAGAAGCAAAAAGGCAUGGGAGCUCUGGCUCGAAGAUGUCAAGACAGUUGCCCGUGUUGUUGAAGAUGAGAUUUCAUUAGAGCUUGAUCAUCAUAAUAGGGUCAAAGAUGCAGCAAAUGCUUCUUCAUCUCAAGAAGAACAUCCUUUACGCAAGAAAAUUUUGACGUCGGGCAAACUAAACGUGCCGCAUGAAAUUAGCAAAUUGAGAGAAAAGUUGGAAGAUCUUGCAGGAGAAAUGGACAAACUCUUGAGUUUUGAAUCACUCAAAUCUGAAAAGACUACACAAGUAGUGACAUCCUCCAGCAGCACUUCAUUUGUUGAAUUAAAGAAAUGCUUUGCUUACUGUGCUCUAUUCCCUGCAAGUUAUAAGUUUGAAGAGGACAAUUUAGUCUUGAUGUGGUUGGCCGAAGGUCUCAUUCAGCCUAUGGGUGAAAUAACUUUGGAAUGCAUCGGUAAGCAGUACUUUAAGGAUCUAGCUGGGAGGUCAUUCUUUUACUUAGAAAAGAAGAAGAUAUACAAUAUGCAUGACUUCUUUCGCGAGAUGGCUCAAUUUAUUUCUACAGACGUAUGUUUGCAGAUGGAGGAUGAAAAGCCAACAUGUUACCCCUCACUUGGAAACAUUCGUCAUUUGUCGCUCUGUUGCAACAAUUUGGUGUCAGAUGAAUAUAUGGAGGAAUUCCCCAAGUGUGAAAGAUUGCGGACCUUCCUCUUGACAUGUCGGAAUGUCGACGCAGGUGUUGGUGACGCAACAACUUAUCUCCUCCAAAAUUUUAGUCUGCUAAGAGUUCUGGAUUUGAGUCAUGGGCACAUUGUUGAGCUUCCAGACACAAUUGGCAAUUUAAUGUACCUCCGUUACCUUAAUCUAUCUGGUAAUCUUUUACGAUAUAUACCAGAAUCAAUAGGUAAACUCUUUUAUUUGCAGACACUUCAGUUGAAUAGUUGCGAAGAACUUUCUUAUCUCCCUGCAAGCUUGAGGAAUCUGGGAAACCUUCGGCAUCUUCAGUUUGAUAAUUGUUGGCAAAUAGACAACAUGCCAUUGUAG